AUGAAACAACUUCUAACAAAGAUAGAAAGACUCAAGUCCCUGCAAGACCUCUCCUCAACUAUAAGACUUUUGAGGUCGCUUAGAAACAAUGCCCUGACUCUUGAGAACUCUGUCAAUAUAAACUUCAAGUUGGUCACGACCUUAUUGAGCCAUACUAUUCCCCAGGUUUAUAUAAUCGACGAUGGCGAACUCAAAAACGAGGACUUAUUGGAGGCAAAUGGGUUGAUUGAAUCAUUAUUAAAUAAUUCUAUCGGGAUCAAUAACCUUGUGGGUCAAAUAUCGAUGUUGAAUCAAAAGAUCACUUCCAACGAACAAAAUGAUGUAAAUCAGUUGAUCCAGUGCUUAAUCAAUAUAUUAUUGAAAUUGAUGUUUGAUUCAGACGAAAAGUUUAUAUGGAAAAUGAUAACUAAUGAUGGAGCACUCUCGAAACCCAUUCAAUUGAAGAAGACAAUCGCAAAUUUCGACACUUUAUUCUUCAAUGGAAAGGUUUUCAAUAUGAUUAGUGAUUAUAAUGAUAAGAUCAAUGAUAAUUUAGCAAAAUUCAUAAACAAAGGAUUGAUAGAGCAGAUAAUGGAGUUUCCAAAGUAUUUGAAUUGGCUAAAUCAUCAAUUUUUCUACUUGAUGCGAAACGUUAAGCUGUUGUCAGAUAUGUCCAGGCUUACUUUCCAUCUAUUGCGUUUUUCGCCAAAAAAUUCACAACUAUUUCUUGAACAAAUAUUAAUAGAUCCAAUUUUUAACCCGACGAAAAGUGAGAGACUUGAUUGUUUCAUCCAAGUUUUUGAUAAAUUUACAAAACUUGAUAAAAUACAGUUCAUCAAUUCAUUCUUGAUCGAUCAGUUUCUAGUUAAAACCUUGCGAUCUUGCUCAAUACAAGAAAUUACAAGUUAUUCAAAGCUUGUUUACUUUACAAAUUACUACUUGACGUUGUUCGGACCAUUGAAUUAUGAAUCUACAAUCACUCACGUCUUGAAGAAAACAUCGACUUGGCCCAAGGGUAUCAUUACGCUACUUCUCCAUUCUAUUGUUCUUUGCAUAAAGUCUGCUUCUUCUUCUAUAGCUGAAUUUUUGGGUCACUUCAAGACCUUUAUUAGUGAUUAUUGGAAUAACAAGCAAUUUGUACGAAACUCUUCAACAGAGAUACAACAAUCAUUUACGAUAUUUUUGGUAAUUUAUAUCAACUACAUUGGCCAAUUAGAGAAAUCAGAGAUUGGCGAAUUUUUGAGCUGUUUGAUGUAUGAUUCCUCUAUCAUUGAGGCAAUGACCAUUCAUUUGGAACUGCCAAUGACUCAGGGAAGAUAUUUGGGUAUUAUAUUUAUGGAAAGACUCUCAGCAUUAGCAAGUAUUAAUAGUAAAGAUGGAUCGGUUGUAACUAAGCUUGAGUUCAAUAUCUCGGAAGCAAAAGAAUUCGAAAAAAAGUUGUUGAAAAUUGAUGAUAAUUUAAAAUUAGAUGAUAUCUGUGGCCAUACCAAAAUUAUGAGUUAUACUUCAGUAGAAUACUUGAAGGCAUGUAUUGAAGACACAUUAAGAAUGAAUGCUAAUAUCCUUGAUACCCCAAGAAAACCUUCUGUGAAUAAACUGUCGUCGCUAAGUGAGAUUAAUAGCCAUUCUAUACAAGUUAUCAAUAAGUUCGAUCAAUUAGCAAUCAAUGAUCACAAUGAUUCUGAUGAUGAAGAUUCUGAUGACGAAGAUCACCAUGAUUCAACAUUGGCAAAACAUAACAAUACUUUACCUUCUACCCCAAUCUAUUUACGUGACUUACAUUCAUACCUUACAUGCCAUUCUAAAGAAGAUCCUUAUCAAAGCUACUUAAAAAGAAAGAUUGGGUUACAAAGCUUCAGCAAAAUUGUGAGAUUGAAACAUGGAUUUGGAGAUGAGUUAAAAUUUUGGAGUGAAAGAUUAGCAAGUGCUAUUUUGAAUUUGAAAGUAGAUGGGCUAACUUCUAAGGGUUCCAAAAGCUCAAUUGAUCAUGAAGGCAUCGAAACUGCGUUAACUAAUAAUUCUGACUUUUCAACUGAUGAAGAAGACGAAGAGGAACAAAUAAGAUAUUUCAAUGAUAUUAAGCUUCAAGCGUUAAUUACCAUUUGUGUGGUAAACCCGUCUAAAAUGCCAACAUAUUUAAUUCAUCAGCUUAUUGCGGGUGAUUUUUCUAUUCACGAUCGACUAAUGAUAAUUAACUCAAUCGGAUUAUCAGCCAGAGAGUUGAAAGGUUAUAAAGACAAAGUAAACUAUGACAACGUUAUAUUGCAAGAGAGGUUGAAAGCGAAAAGCUUGUUGAAUAGUGGUAAAACAAUACCAGGUAGAAAACUUAAUGGGGCAGGGCAUCUGAAAUUUCUUGUUCUCGAUGAAAAUUACGGUCAUCAAAUUGGCAGUCAGGGUCCAUUGAGCUUACAGGUUGAGGCACAUAGAAUGGACAAUAUCACAUCACAAAUUAGUAAGGUUGCAAACCGUAAGAGUAAAGAAUUAAUUGACGACAAGUUGAUUCAAACGGACCAAGGAAAAGUUGUGAAAAUUUCACAACGACUACUCAAACAACGUGCAUCGAAACAAAACGAGAAUAAUUCUUUAUCAGGGGUCUCUAAUGUUGAUGAUGGGGAUAAUUAUUCCACAAAUUGUUAUGCAUACUUCAUUGGACCAUUCUUGACCGUUUGGUACCACUUACAAGGAAAUAUGCGAUCACUUGGAAAUUAUUCUAAUACCAUUAUCACUAAUUAUCUUAAGAACUUGACUGUUUUGGUACAUUGUGCAUAUCCGACUUGUAUCAAUUUGGUUGAAAUAAUUGGUGAGAUUUUUGAAGUUUUAACAAGUUUGAAGAGUGUGUUAUCACUGUUGAUUUCAAAUAAUUCUCUUGAAGAUGUUUCGUUGGGGGAAAUCAGUGCCAUACUUGAAUGCCAGCUCUAUUUGCUUUUGGUUAUUUUAAACUCAACGAACCCAGUAUUGUUGAUAUCGCAAUUUCAAAGCCAAAUCGUCGAUUGGUUUAGUUGGUUGAAUUACAUGUUUGAUAACUAUUCAAACAUAUUCGGGGAGGGCGAAAUGUUCAAAAAUGGGAAAUCAUUAACAGCCAAUUGCUUAUUGCAAAUCAACGAAAUAUUAGAAGACCAGUUUGGGGAUUUGAAUAACGCCUAA